GUUACAGUCUCCGUGUCCAUGAUGCCUGCGAGCGGCACAACCCGCUUCUAUUGUCGCCAUCAAGGUUGUAGCGCCAGUUACCGGCGCCAAGAACAUCGAACUCGACACGAGAGCCAGCACUCCGGCACUCGAACAGCGAGUUGUCCCUUCUGUGAUCGCAGUUUCUCCCGCAGCGACACUCUCCGCCGACACAUACGGCGAGACCACGAAGAGGAAGAACUACAAAGCUCUCGUGCGACUCGCGCAUGCCGUUCCUGUCGCGUAGGCAAAGUUCGGUGUCGAGGGGGCAACCCCUGCAAGCAAUGUCGAGAAAAGGGACAUCGUUGCAUCUUUGAGGAUCGAGUUGCUCCUCAGCCAGAUACGCCAAAUGCACACGCUUGUCUCGAUGACGCCAUUGAUCUGGAACGAGCAGAGAACAAUCAAAAUGAUCCUCGAGAGCAGAUUGACCACUAUAUCCAACUCUACUUUGCUCGCUUCCAUCCCCGGUGGCCGUUUCUUCAUCGCGCCACUUUCGGUGCUUCGCACGAACCAAACCUCCUGCUGUAUGCUGUGGUGAUGAUCGGCAUGUGGGUGUCUGGGAAGGAUACCUGCCGGAGGUCCGCACUGGAUUUACACAGGAAACUGGGCACGUGUAUUCGGCAGCAACAGCCAACCUGGCAGGGUUUAAGUAACCAGGAACCAAGACCAGCGUCAGCUUGGCCGAUUGCCACCUAUCAGGGCGUCCUCCUUUAUCUGAUAUUCUCUCUUCUGUCGGCCCCACACUACUCUCACUCACUUGACUUGACUAUCCAGCUUCCCCUGUCAGACCGGAGGAUACUAACCGCCCUGGUACAGACCUGUCUGAGACACAAUGUGUUCUUUUACCCGGCAAUGGUAGGCCGUUAUCACGAUAUCGACGAUGUUACCUGUAUAUGGGUCGGAGUAGAAGAGAUAAAGCGCCUGGGCCUAGCUCUGUAUAAGGUAUGUAACAGGUGCCGGAGCGCUCGCCAAGGUGAACCAGAUGGAGACAGUAACUCCCAGUUACUGUGCCUCUCGGACCUACGGUUCCCAGCCCCAGAUAGCAAUCAUUUAUGGGAGGCGAAGUCCAAUCCAGAACUUUCCACUUUGCUGGCUCAAACCUCCAGAGGCAUGAAUCCGGACGGUCGAGAAAUUAAAUUAAUAUCUGAAAGUGGGGGUUGGCUGGAUGAUGUUGAUCCCGGAUUCAAUUGGGUUUGAUUUCUAUUGCAUAUAUAGAUUCUAUGUAAGGGCUGCACUUAUGAUGCCAAUUAAAUAAAGAAAGGAAAGAGUCAACAAGGACGGAUGUCCACCGGGGGUGCUUAUGAAAUAGCAUUCGCCUACCAGAUGAUUCAAGUCACUUCACAGAAAGUGG